AUGGCUCGCCAGCUUCAUUUCCAACAUUUACACAACACUAAUCACUUUCAAGUUGGCUUUGCCGGAAUGACAUUUUUUCUAUGUGCUAUUGCGUUGUUCAAGUGCGCUUCCCACUCCCGUGCAUGGCGACAAUGGAGAGCUUGCUAUGAACCCGACACCAUCGAUGAUCAUAGUGUGCAACACAUUCAACAUGGAAACAACCGACAAAUCAUGGAUGUUGAUGAAGAUGAAGUUUCGGUUUGGCAGAAGAACAUACUAAUGGGUGGGAAGUGUCAGUUACCUGAUUUCUCCGGUGUCAUAAUUUAUGACACGAAUGGGAGUGUUAUGGCACCGUCGAAACCUCCUCGCUUAUUACUACCAUGGAAGUAG